CAGCCUUGGUCGCCAGAAAAUUUCACACAGCCAGCCAGAGGCCGCAAACUCCCGAGACUGUACCAGACGGACAAUUUCACCAUGGCGGCGCCGGCGCAGGCGCAGGUCCUGCCUCUCCUCCGGUGGAGCCGGAGCGCCUCCUUCCUAUGCGCCUCGCCUCGCCGCCUCUUCUCCGCCCUCCGCCGCCCCGCUGCUGCUGCCCGCUGCGAGGCCGGCUCCAAGGCCAUGCUCAAGGGGAUGGACUACUCGGAACUCGAGAAUUGGGUGCAGGCGCAGGGGUUUCGGCCAGGCCAGGCCAUGAUGCUGUGGAAAUGCCUGUACGGGAACAACGUUUGGGCUCAUUGUUACGACGAGCUGACGGGUUUAAACAAGGAUUUCAGGAAGAUGAUAACUGAGCAUGCUGAUCUCAAGGCAUUAACUGUGAAGGACAUUCAUACUGCAUCGGAUGGUACCCGUAAGAUACUGUUCUCUCUUGAAGAUGGUUCAGUGAUUGAAACAGUUAUCAUUCCUUGCGCUAGGGGCAGGACAACUGUCUGUGUUUCAAGUCAAGUUGGUUGUGCCAUGAACUGUCAGUUUUGCUUCACUGGAAGGAUGGGUUUGAGAAAACAUCUCUCGACAGCUGAAAUUGUUGAGCAGGCUGUGUUUGCUCGUAGACUAUUCUCAGAUGAAUUUGGAUCAAUUAAUAAUGUUGUAUUUAUGGGCAUGGGUGAACCAUUUCACAAUAUUGACAAUGUAAUAAAAGCCUCAGCAAUAAUGGUUGAUGGGCAAGGCCUUCAAUUUAGCCCUCGCAAGGUUACUGUCUCCACAAGCGGUCUUGUCCCUCAGUUAAAACGCUUCCUCCAGGAAUCCAAUUGCUCCCUGGCCGUCAGUCUUAAUGCAACGACAGAUGAGGUUAGAAACUGGAUAAUGCCCAUAAACAGAAAGUACAACCUUAACUUGCUUCUUGGCACUUUAAGGGAGGAACUUAACCUCAGAAAAAAACAGAUAGUGCUAUUUGAAUAUGUCAUGCUUUCUGGAGUGAACGACAGCAUGGAUGAUGCCAAGAGGCUUAUAGAGCUAGUCCAAGGGAUCCCAUGCAAGAUAAACCUCAUCUCUUUCAAUCCUCAUGGCGGUUCCCAAUUCAAGCCCACACCAGACGAUAAGAUAAUUGAGUUCCGCAACGUUUUAAUUCAAGGUGGCCUCACUGUUUUUGUUCGGCUCAGCAGAGGGGAUGAUCAGAUGGCUGCCUGCGGGCAGCUAGGAGAGCCUGGAGACUACCAGCUGCCUCUGCUCCGUGUACCCGAGAAAUUUCAGGUUGCCUUGUGAUGAUAAACAGCGCAUACAGUAAACUGGUCCUGAGCAGCUUGACGAUCACACGGAGUAAUUGGCUUGGAACGACGGUUCGAUCGUGCAAAUCUUAGUAAGUUCUACCGCCCUCCUGAAGAUUGCCUGGAACUCUGCAAUAUCGUGCAAAUCUGAACCUGGGUACUUAUGUGACAGCACAUUUUGACAUGGUGUUGCUUCUGCUAAUGCGUGGUGUAACCAAACUAAAUUCGAUAAGAAUAUAUAAAAUGGGUAUUUUCUUGCAAAUCGUCUCUGUUAGACA